AUGGUUAGGACCAGAGGAUUAGGUCGUGCCUUAGGUCACGUUACUGGCAGAGGUGUGGGCAGAGGAGAUCAUGAUGAUUCUGAUGAUGCUUCGCAGUGUCGACGACCUACUGCAUCCGCAAGAAGGCAGCAAGUACUUGUGACUGCGGUGCACGAUGAGCCAGUGGUCCCUGUGCCAGAUGUAGAGACUGACGUAUUCUCGAAUGACCCGAUGGCACCAUCUGAUGUAAAGGACAUUGGGGCAGACAUUCCUGCAGACACAGGCGCGCAGGCUACUGAGGAUGAGCAUGAGGGAUUUCCAGGUGGUCCAAGCGACCCAUCCGUGCUGACCCAGUAUGCGGGUCACGUUGCUUGCAGCGUAUGGACGGGAGAGGAGCGUCCUGAGUUGAAGUUAUCCUCUCACAGGAGGAAGAUCCAUAGUUUAGGCAGGCAUGUCCCUGCCAUUGAGAGACUAGUUGCUGGGACAGGACUAAGUCCUCUGAUCACAUGUUCGGUAGACACUAGCGAUCGGGGACUUUUGUCCUCGUUUGUCGAGCGGUGGCACCAGGAGACGUCUAGUUUCCAUCUCCCUGUGGGAGAGCUGACGAUCACCCUGGAUGACGUCUCUUCACUUCUACAUCUGUCUGUGAGGCUGCCAGGGCUGAGAAAGGGUAGUGUUGUGGAUCGUACGUACGCCUGCAAUGGGUACGUGAUAUCUACGAGCGUCGAUGCCAGGCAGAGUGCAACCAAUGUGCAUGUUGUGUAUUUGGAGGCCCUUCGUGACCUCAGUCAGACCGGGAGGUACGCCUGGGGAGUAGCUGCUCUGUGUUGGAUAUACGAGCACUUUCCCUCAGUCGCGGAGUCCACUGCUGAUCAAGACUACAACGAGGAUUCACCGUGUGCCUAUAGGUGGAUUGCGACGAAGAAGACCAUGAAGAGCAUACGUACACUGGCAUACAGGGAGCGCCUGGAUCAACUCCGGAUUUCGGAUGUUUGUUGGAUCCCAUAUGGGGAGCACCGACCGGUCCGGGACUUCCAUUUGAUUUCAUGCUAUUCCGGUCUCCUGCGCUGGGGACCCGUUGCUGUGUAUUACCGACCAGAGAGGGUCGUGCGGCAGUUUGGAUACACCCAGACCAUUCCUGCUUCGUCUGUUGAUUCAUGGGUGUCGUAUGAUGAUAUACACGACAGUUGGAUGCACUACUCGGAUCAUAUGGUUCCAGCAGGUGAGGUGUGUGUUGUGCUAGGUCAGUGUGCCAGCGACUACAUGGACUAG